AUGACUCUUUUGAUUGUAGCCAUUGGUGGCCCCUCGUCUUCAGGAAAGACGACGGUAGCAAGAGCGCUUCGACAGGUCAUCUCGGAGGCCCCACUCGUACACUUGGAUGACUUCUAUCUUCCCGAUAGCAAGAUUCCACAGCACCCUACUAAAGACGUGGCAAAUUGGGAUUGUCCCGAGGCUAUUGACUGGGAGAAGUUCAAGAAGUAUAUUGAGGAGCUCAGGCUGAACGAUGCGGCUGACUUGCCCGUGAAAAGCUUGGAAAUGGACACGGAAUUGAAGUUGGGGCGUGAAGAAAUUGAUGAAUUCGAUGAUUGGGCGGAGGAAAUCUACAGGCGUUACAGGGGAAAAAAAAUUGUCUUGGUUGAAGGUUUCAUGCUCUUUCACGACAAAGGAAUUCUGGAUCUUUUCGACAAGAAGUUGCUUUUCCAUGGACCUUAUGAGGUAUUAAAGGAACGCAGAGAAUCUAGGCCUGGGUACCACACCGCUGAAGGGUUCUGGAAGGAUCCUCCAAACUACUUUGACGACAUUGUUUGGCCAGAGUUUAAGCGUACACACGAGCAUUUGUUCAAGAAUGGUGACGUAGAGGGCAAGCUCACUGAGGAGGCAGAGAAACAAGGCAUUCGAAACUUCAAUAACACGGGGAUUCAUAAUGUGGUUGAAAUGACAGAGUGGGCUCUAAAGAAAAUUGCGGAACUUUGA